UAACGGUCAAUUAUCAGUUUUCUAUCACAGUAUAAUGUAAAUGUUCAGCAUAAUAUAAUUUUAUAUUUGGUUUGUUGUUGAUUUUUUUGUUUCAUAAUAAUCUUUGCUCGUUAUCGUUUUUCUUAAACUACUAUAUUUUUAAGUGUCGUUAACGACAGACAGCAAGAUGGCUGACCGCAGUAAUAUGUCAUACGAGCAAAAGAAGCUUGCUGUUGCUGAAAGGCUACAAAAACGCCAAGAAGCUCGACAGGUGGAAAUAGAUAAAAAGAGAAUUGAAAACGAAGAGAAUAUUAGUCGUCAGGAAAAUGUGAUUGCUUUUUUGGACAAUUUUUCACAAGCGAAACAAGCCAUCGAAGAAGGUAUUUCGCAAAGCCAAUUGAUACCCAAAGAAAAUCUUGUGGGGCACUUCGACUCGCUAUCAGAUUCUCUUCACAAAAUGCAGAGGUACGUAGCAGAAUGUACGGCUUUUUUGCCAUCCUUUGAAGUGAGAAAAGCCCAGGAAAGUAUUUCAUGCCUCCAGGGUAUGAUACAGGAUAAACGUGACGAGUUACUUCCAAAAAGAAAGUUUGCAUUCAGUAAAGCCUCCAAACCAGAAAAGCGAAUACAGCAGGUUUCAUCAUCCAAACCAGCUAUUUCUGAUGAAGUUGACACAGCAGUGGAACUUGCUGCAUGCAAAUUUGUCAAAGAAACAGGUAAACAGUUGAUCAUGGGGUCAUCAGACAUUUAUCAGAAAGAUGUGGCACUUGUUGACCUCACAGACUGCACUGUCAAAUUACAUGGCGCUCCAUCCGCAGUUCACAUCUUCAAUCUUGCAGACUGCAAAAUAUUCUGUGGCCCAGUGUCAGGAUCAAUAUUCAUCAGAUCGUGUAGAAAUUGUUUGUUUGUGCUAGCAUGCCAGCAGCUUCGGAUUCAUAACACAACAGACUCAGACUUUUACAUUCAUGUUACGAGUAAAGCAAUUAUUGAAGAUUGUUCCAACAUUAAGUUUGCUCCAUAUACCUGGAACUAUGAAACCCUUGAAGAAGACUACAUCAUGUCGGGACUGGAUAAAACUAGAAAUAAUUGGGACAAAGUGGACGAUUUCAACUGGCUUGUUGCAGAUGUAGCAUCCCCUAACUGGUCUGUUUUAGAGGAGAACAAGAGGACUUUAACCUGGUUGUGUUGAAUAUUAAAAUUUUAGUUACAUGCAUGUGUGUAUGGGUGUAUUUGUGCACAGGCAUCAUGCAAAGAUGUGAAUGUUUUCAUGUUGGCUAUUUGUAGAUGUCUUAAGUGCAGUUUUUAUUCACAGCUACUACUCAAGUAUAUGAAUUUUUUUAUUUUAGAGAUUAUGACAAAGUUAAAAUCUAAAACAAUCUGAAGAAUUUAUGCUAUAUUUAUGAACAAAUUAUUUUUUAUUUUAAUCAACAAAUGAAAAUUUAAUUUUAAAAUCCUUAAUUUAUAAUACGCAGGCAUCAACUUUAGUUGUGUACAUUGUAUUAAAAAAUUGUUAGAGGUGCAGACUGCUGUUGUAUUCCAUAAAAAGUCCAAAUUGAUGAUUUUACUACCAGUUAAUUAAUGAUAUAGAAUCUGUUUAAAUAUUGAUAGUAUGGUGUGUGUAUAAUAAUGCUUUUGGUGCAUACAGAUAAAUUUAGCUGCAUGAGGACUUGUGUUUCUACAACUAGUAAAGAAUGAAUGAUGGCGCACAUGUAUUGAAAUGUUAGUUACCUAGUGCAUUUUUUUCCCUCUAGUUUAAGACUAUUGUCUUCCAGUUAAGUGUUACAGAUCAUUCUCAUCCCAUGUGGAAGUGCCUAAUUUCUUACAUCUAAUCAAUCCGACAUGACAUAAUUUGCUUUUUGUAUGAGUUUGAUGUGUUCUUUGGUGCAGAAAUAUACUGUAAGCCAGCUCAGCUUGUAGGGCCACAUUGACUAAUAAUAUGAGUCAUCCUUGAUACUAACCUUCAUGAUGGGACAAACCCUGUUGGAUAUAAUGGUUUAAGAGAAGAGAUUUGAAGUUGCUAAACAGUAAAGGGGCUCAUUAUAA